CAAGAGAGGGGAGAUUACGGUAUGAGACAUAUAUACUAUCACAGCCGACAAUGCAAUGCUCACUCUUGCAAUGUACAUUACAAGCUUCGGAAAUAUUUUCUUAUUUUAUUUGGCAUCUGUGACUAGUGAAGAAAUCGUUUCAUAGCGACUCAUUUAAAAUGGUCUUAUUAACGCUACACUGGAGUCUGGAUGGCAUCCUCAUCCUUUUGUCCCUGAUGGUUGCCGCUUAUCUGUUUGUGACUCGGAAAUUUAAUUACUGGUCGAAACGGGGCGUGAAAGAGCUUGCACCUACGCCUUUCGUAGGCAACUUCAUGGACUGUCUCCUGUCAAAAAAAUCGGCCCCGCAAUUUCUCAAGGAUCUAUAUAAUUAUGGCAGAGAUUUGCCUUUGUUGGGUUUCUACGUCUUUGAUAAACCUUACCUGUUAAUUCGCGAUCCAGAACUCGCGAAGCACGUCCUAAUGAAGGACUUCGACUAUUUCGCUGAUAGGUACUCGACUGCAGAUGAGAAAAAUGAUCGUCUUGGAUACGCAAAUUUAUUCAUGAUGAAAAAUCCAGGAUGGAAAUCUCUCAGACCAAAAUUGACGCCAUUUUUUACUCCGGGCAAGCUGAAGAAAAUGUUCGAUAUAAUGCUGCCAGUCGCUGACGACUUUGCAAAGUAUCUCGAUUCGUUGCAUUUGGAGGGCGAAGGAAAAGUAAUCGAGUUCAAAGAUAUUUGCGCGAAUUUCACUACCGAUAUCAUUGGUAGGACUGCGUUUGGCUUAAAAGUAGGUUCGUUGGAGAAUCCAAAAGCACCGUUCCGUGAAUGUGGCAGGAAGAUCUUCGAUUAUGAUUUCCAUCGUAGCAUGGAAUUCCUUGCUAUAUUCUUCUUCCCUGGAUUAGUCAAGUAUCUCAAACCGAAGUUCCUUGGGAAAGAAGCGACUAAAUUCUUCCGAUCUAUUUUCUGGGAUGUGAUUGAACAACGAGUCGGUUCGGGUCAAAAGAGGAAUGAUCUCAUCGAUAUGCUGAUCGAAAUGAGGGAGACAUACAAGAACGACGAAAGUCUGAAGGAUUACAAAUUCGAUGGUGACGAUUUAGUAUCACAAGCUGCCAUAUUUUAUAUCGGUGGUUCUGAAACAUCUGCUAGCACCAUGUCUUUCACGCUGCACGAACUUGCAUUGAACCCAGAUGUACAGAAGACGCUUAGGACAGAGAUUCAGGAUGCUCUAGAGAAAACUGGUGGCAAAAUCACAUACGAUAUGAUUACGACGUUACCAUAUCUCGAUAUGGUAAUUUCAGAAACCCUUCGUAAAUAUCCAUCUAUAGCAUACUUGGAUCGAGUUACCCUUGCCGAUUACAAAGUACCUAAUUACGAUUUGGUGCUAGAGAAAGAUACCCCAAUAUUCAUUUCGACGAUGGGUUCGCACUACGAUCCGCAGUACUUCCCAAAUCCGGAAAAAUACGAUCCACUCCGAUUUACCGAGGAAGCCAAACGUGCCAGGCCAAGUUUCGCCUACUUGCCCUUUGGUGAGGGUCCCCGCGUCUGCAUUGGUAUGCGAUUGGGACUCAUGCAAUCCAAACUUGGAGUCGUACAGGUAUUGAAGGACUACGAAGUUUCACCUUGUGAAAAAACAAAAACUCCAAUAGUUCUAGAUCCCAAAGCACUCACCACGACAGCUUUAGGAGGAAUACAUCUCAACAUUAGAAAGACUACCACUGCUGCUGGUUAAACGAAGCUAAGAAGUUUUGCGAAUCGCGUUAUGCAUACUAAUUUUCUACUUUGUUUGUGAUAACUUAGAUAUAUUUUACUAUCGGCGAAGUUCAACAAAUGUCAUAUCUAUUUCUUCCUCAGGAGAAAUGAAUAUUUUGAUAUUAAAUAUACUUUAGAAUCGUAAUCCUAAA